AUGGCAGGGCGCAUGGAUACGGACGACACAGUGAUCCUCUCAGUCACAAAUUGGACAAAUUCCAAGGCGUCAAACGAUCCUGAUGGCGGACAAUCGUCGUUAGAAGGCUGGCUUAAGCGCAAAGCUCAGAGAGAAAUAUUAGCAAGCCAGCGCUCAGGGAAUGUUCUCCAGCUGCAAGUCAGGGGAAGGGAUAAGCGCAGUUUUCUUCACAUCAAUGGUUGGAAAUGGGCAGGUGUUGACGUUACGAUCACUGAUGGCCAGGCCUCCGAGGCACCACGAGGUCCGAGGAAUCAGCAAGGAGGCUUCAACCAAAAUCAAAGAAAUGGUGAUCUCAGUUCACGAGUGACAGCAGGUCCCAACAACAACAACUUCAACAAUCGAAACCAGUCAAAAGAAUUGUUCAAUAACGCGCCAUCAGGGCCAAGAGGUGGCGGCUUCCAACAGCACCGACAGCAAAACGGCAACUCUUCUGCCAAUCCAUUUAACCAAGCCUCGAACAAUCCUUUCAACCGACCUAACGACAAACAACAACCAGCUGACGAGCUCACACAGGCUAUGAUAGAGGUGAUACGGAGUCGCUACAAUGCGGCAGACAAAUUUCUGAAUCUAUCCGAACUUGCAACACAUCCAACAAUUGUCGCAUUGGGCCUCAAUUCGCGGGAACCGGAAAAGGUCUUCCGUGUACUAUUUAUUACCCUGGAGCAGCACGUCUUCGAAACCCGAGAGAAGCGAGCCGAGAUGAUCGAGUCAGUCUCGUUCGCAAAGAAUGGUCUGACGACGGUGAAGGAGAUAAUAGGAGCCAGCUCCACUUUCUACAAAAUCAAAAAUCUCGAUCUAUCUGAUAACCAGCUCAACAAAAUCACAGAUCUGACAUGGUGGAAGAGCAGAUUUCCAGAUCUUGAGCAGAUCAUUCUAUCCGGCAAUCCUGUUGAUUCCCCUCAAACACGUGCAGAAGUCAGGAAAUGGUAUCGAAAUCUGAAGGGCUACAAUCUACUGCCACUCGACGCACCACUUAAUGGGGCACUUAACAAUGGAUUGGAGACUGCACCCCCUGUACCGUCUCCAUCACCUGCACUAGAAGCAGCACUCAAUGGCCAGAUACUUACCCCGGCUGGUCAUCCCGAGUUCCCACCAGGUUCGACCUUCGGUCUCCCAGUGCCUGGAAAGCCAGAAGACCAAGUUCUCAAAGAGCAACUAGGACUGAAGUUCAGUUUCGAAACACGAUUAAAGAUGAAAUGGGUGGAAGAAUGUCUAGUCACCAAUAAUUUCGACUACGACAGGGCAAUGAACGAUCUAAAUGCGACACUCAGCACUGGCAAUGUUCCAGCUGAUGCAUUCUUGCAAGUGUAA